CUCGCGACAAACAUUCGAGCCUCCAACCUCCGCCCGCGCUGUCUUUCGUGCACCCUUCCCAGACGAGCGCAGGCCGAAUGCUGUGUGCGUGACAGGCACCGGCUGCCAUUGUAACGCCCUCAGCGCAACGAAUCUGACACCAUGUCCUUCCUCUUUGGAAAGAAGAACAAGCAGCAGCAGCAGCAGCCCGGCGCACUGCCAGCGGCAACUAGAGAGAUCUCCUCCUCGCAUGGCCAGGGACCACCGCCAGCCGCUAUCAAUGGAGCAGGCAUUCGCGAUGUCGACAAGAGCCGUGGAGGAUCGCAAACACACACCCCGACGCCGGGAGGCAGUGGGAACAACUCACUCAGCUCGCUCGGAAACGCCCCAACACCCGAGCCUAAGGCGCUGCGAGAGAGGGUAGACCCCAAUGCUCAGAACACCAACGGCAAAAUCGCCGGCAACUCGCCAGACUCUCCCUACCCUUGGUCGUCCCGUCGACUGAACUUCACCGCAGGCAAUCCCUUUCCUCGCUACGGUGCCGCAAUCAACUCUACAGCCUCGAAAGAUGGAACCAUCUACCUUAUGGGAGGGCUUGUGGGCGGCGCAACAGUCAAGGGCGACUUGUGGCUGACUGAAAUGGGCAACGGGAGCAUGGCAUGUUAUCCCAUUUCCACCACUGGAGAUGGCCCCGGGCCCCGCGUAGGCCAUGCCAGUCUGCUCGUGGGUAAUGCAUUUAUCGUAUUUGGUGGUGACACCAAACUAGCCGACAAUGACGACCUGGAUGAUACACUAUAUCUCUUGAAUACAUGUCUGUUCGCCCUUGUCUUGUACCUCAUCCUUGCUAAUAGUGUGCAGCAACGAAGCACUGGUCACGCGCACUACCCCAAGGUCCACGUCCCACAGGCCGUUACGGCCAUACUCUGAAUAUCCUAGGCUCUAAGAUCUACAUUUUUGGUGGACAAGUAGAAGGCUUCUUCUUCAACGACCUGGUAGCUUUCGAUUUGAACUCGUUGCAAUCUUCCGCCAGUCGGUGGGAGGUGCUGCUGCCAAACACAAAGGAUCAGGUUUCUCCGCAACAAGGCAGGUCGCCGCCAGCACGCACAA